GCAGAGGCGGGCCCGAGCUGCCUGCGCCGCGGCGGCCGGGUCCCCGAGUCCUCGAGUGUUUCGGUGCGUGUGUCCUACGAAGCGCACCGACACUACGAACCCCGCACCCGGGAGGCAACUGUGAGUUCCCCAGACGGCGGAAGACGGGCGAGGACGUGCACGGUGUGCACCGGGGCGCGGAUGAGAUCAUGGCGCGGAGCAUGAGAUCAUCACGCCACGACCUCUACCCGCGCGCGUACACAGCCUAGGGACCAGACGGGAGGGGUCCGGCGGCCGUCCCUGCCAGCACCGCCUUGAGCAACCAGGAAAACGCUCCGCCUCCCCCUGCCCCCGCACCCCCGCCGCCCGACAUGCCCCGGAAGUACCUCUACCCUCAGUAAAGAUGGAAGUAGCCUUUGACACAGGGAGGCGGGGCUGCGCGUGCGCAACAAGCUCGGCGGGGGAAAAGAUGGCGGAUGACAAGGAUUCUCUGCCCAAGCUUAAGGACCUGACAUUUCUCAAGAAGCAGCUGGAGCGCCUACAGAAGCGUGUGGAGGAUGAAGUCAACACUGGUGUAGGCCAGGAUGGCUCACUCUUGUCCUCCCCAUUCCUCAAGGGAUUCCUGGCAGGCUAUGUGGUGGCCAGAUUGAGGGCAUCAGCAGUGUUGGGCUUUGCGGUGGGCACUUGCACUGGCAUCUAUGCGGCUCAGUCAUACGCUGUACCCAACGUGGAGAAGACGCUGAAGAACUACAUUAGGUCACUACGAAAGGGGCCUGACUAGACCCUCUGGGGAUGAGCAUGUUGGGCCUGCAGAGCGUGGGCAGUGGCUUGUCAGCCUGCACCCUGCACCCCUUCCCUCCCUAGCUCCGCGGGACUAACCCCCAAACUGUGGGACAUGAGCCCUCUCUUCAAGCCCUGACUGUGGCGUGUGCGACUGACUCUGAUCCUCAGUGUCCUCUCUGGUGAUGUCCCACAGUUCUGCCCUCAGUUUCCUCCAAAUGCGUCCCAGUUCCUCUGUCCCUUGCUAGCUACACAGGCCACCCAGGGUCUGGUGUGGGCCAUGAGUGUAGAAGAUGGGGGUAUGCCAGGCCUUGCCCGUCCAAGACAGGCUCGCUGGACCCUGAUGCUAUUCCUGUCCACUGCCAUGUAUGGUGCCCAUGCACCAUUCUUAGCACUGUGCCACGUGGAUGGCCGAGUGCCCUUCCGGCCCUCCUCAGCUGUGUUACUCACCGAGCUGACCAAACUACUCAUAUGCACCUUCUCCCUCCUGGUGGGCUGGCAAACAUGGCCCCAGGGCACACCACCCUGGCGCCAGGCUGCACCUUUUGCACUGUCAGCCCUGCUCUAUGGCGCCAACAACAACCUGGUGAUCUACCUGCAGCGGUACAUGGACCCCAGCACCUAUCAGGUGCUGAGCAAUCUCAAGAUUGGAAGCACGGCUCUGUUGUACUGCCUCUGCCUUGGGCAUCGCCUCUCGGCACGUCAGGGGUUGGCACUGCUGCUGCUGAUGGCUGCAGGAGCCUGCUGUGCCUCCGGCGGCUUUCAGGAACCUGCCAACACCCUUCCUGGCCCCCCGUCGGCAGCCGGAGCCCACCCCAUGCCCUUGCACAUCACUCCGCUGGGACUUGCGCUCCUCAUCUUGUACUGCCUCAUCUCCGGCCUGUCGUCGGUGUACACAGAACUGAUCCUAAAACGACAGCGGCUGCCCUUGGCUCUCCAGAACCUCUUCCUCUACACUUUUGGGGUGAUCCUGAACCUUGGGCUGUAUGCUGGCAGUGGCCCAGGCCCAGGCUUCUUGGAGGGUUUCUCUGGAUGGGCGGUGCUUGUGGUGCUGAACCAGGCGGUCAAUGGACUGCUCAUGUCGGCUGUCAUGAAGCAUGGCAGCAGCAUCACACGCCUCUUCGUCGUGUCCUGCUCCUUGGUGGUCAACGCCGCGCUCUCGGCUGUGCUGCUGCAGCUCCAGCUCACAGCCGACUUCUUCCUGGCCACACUGCUCAUCGGCCUGGCUGUGUGCCUGUACUAUGGUAGCCCCUAAGGCCCUGACCACCUCCACCCUCACUUGUGGCUGUGUGGAUUAGAUGCGACCACCGGAGCCGCCUCCCAUGUCAAGCACCACAUCCCACCCCAGCAGCCCUGUAACAAGUGCCUUGUUAGAAAAGCUGAGGUGGCCAUGUUAGCCUGUGGAUGUUCAGGUGGGUCAGAGUUACCCCUAGGUGGCAUAAAGAGUGGGAUUGGUUAAGGAAACACCUAACUGCACCCCUGUAUUCCUUCAUACUAAAGACCUGGGAGCCCCAAACCCAGGCCUGGGCAGCCUGUCCCUGAGGAACCCUGCCUUGUCCUGCAUGAACAUGGCUACUUCAAGGGAAGUUUGGCUCUUCCUGCCUGCUUGGCCACUCCUGAAGACUCCCUGCCCUGAGGCUUGGUGCUGGCUGUUUCAGCCCAGCAUGAUUUCCACAUCAGAUAUAUUAGUUUGCCUGCUCCACAGUGCUGUUCCUCUUACCCAGCCAUUAUUCUGGAAAGGUCAGAAGGGGUCUUGACUCACUUCAGGGAACAUUGUCCCUGGGCCCUGGCUUAAGCCUACACUCCUGACCCCUGUGCUGACUCAAGGGCCCUGGUGAAGCCCACUUCACUUGUAAGGCAUUUAGGAGGUACUGUUUUUCCCACUUUUGCCCCCUUCUAGUGGUGUCCCAGCUCCCAACAGCCAGGAAAGGCUCUGCAGAGUAACCAGGGACCAGGUACAGAAAAUGUUGAUAGCUAAUCAGUGUCCAACUACUUAAGCAAUAAGGUCUUAAUAAAGUGUCCAGGUGUAGGGUGCCUCCUACAACCAUUCA